AGGCCUGGGAUAGGCUGAGGCCUGGGGAAACCUCUCCCACACGGCAGCUUGGGUGCUGGCGCCGGCUCUCCAGCUGUUCCUAGGCCGGGGCGAGGGUCCGGAAAGGGAGAGCGGGCUGCGACUGAUCUCAGCUCCCCGGCCGCCUUGUCCGCAUCUGCUGGUGCUUCGGUCGAGCAGGCAGCCUGGCUGGCGGCUUCCGGGCGGUUGCCCGCGCUCCGGACCGACAGGCGCCGUCCGCCCUGCCCGCGCCACCCGCCACGUCCCCGCUCUCUGCGGGCGCACAGCGUGGCUGCCGACCGACCUCUCUGAGGCCAACGCGAUGUGGGCUCCCGGCUUCGGAUCCGUGCGACUCCCGCAGCGCCGGCGCUCCGGGCCGGUGUCGUCCUCCGUGCGGCCGCCGUGGCUGCUGCUGCUGCUGCUGCUGUUUGUGCUGGCAGUUGUUCGGCCGGUGCGCGCCUGGGAGAGCGGAGACCUGGAGUUGUUCGACUUGGUGGAGGAGGUGCAGUUGAACUUCUACGAGUUCCUCGGGGUGCAGCAGGAUGCUUCAUCUGCAGACAUCAGAAAAGCAUAUCGUAAGCUUUCACUAACCUUACAUCCAGACAAGAAUAAAGAUGAAAAUGCAGAAACUCAAUUUAGACAAUUGGUGGCCAUUUAUGAAGUUUUAAAGGAUGAGGAAAGAAGGCAGAGGUAUGAUGAUAUUCUGAUCAAUGGACUUCCAGACUGGCGACAGCCUGUAUUCUACUACAGGCGAGUGAGAAAAAUGAGCAAUGCUGAGCUGGCGGUGCUCUUGUUCAUUAUUCUCACAGUGGGUCACUAUGCCGUGGUUUGGUCCAUCUACCUGGAAAAGCAACUGGAUGAACUGCUUGGUAGAAAAAAGAGAGAAAAGAAGAAGAAGACAGGAAGCAAGAGUGUGGACGCAGCAAAACUUGGUGCUUCUGAGAAGAACGAAAGAUUGCUUAUAAAACCACAAUGGCAUGAUUUGCUUCCAUGCAAACUGGGAAUUUGGUUUUGCCUUACACUAAAAGCAUUGCCUCAUCUAAUCCAGGAUGCUGGGCAGUUUUAUGCAAAAUACAAGGAAACAAAAUUGAAGGAAAAAGAAGACGCACUGGCUAGAGUUGAAAUUGAAACACUUCAAAAACAGAAGAAAGUUAAAGUUAAAAAACCAAAACCAGAAUUUCCUGUGUAUAUGCCUUUAGAAAAUGCAUAUAUUCAGUCUUAUGAUCAUGGAACGUCUAUUGAAGAAAUUGAGGAGCAAAUGGAUGACUGGCUGGAAAACAGGAACAGAACACAGAAAAAACAGGUACCUGAAUGGACAGAAGAGGACCUCAGUCAACUGACAAGAAGUAUGGCUAAGUUCCCAGGAGGGACUCCAGGUCGAUGGGACAAGAUUGCGCAUGAGUUGGGUCGAUCUGUGACAGAUGUGACAACCAAAGCCAAGGAACUGAAGGACUCAGUCACCAAUUCCCCAGGAAUGAUCAGGCUCUCUGAACUUAAGUCAAAUGUUCAGAAUUCCAGGCCAAUCAAGAUAGCCACAGCUUUACCAGAUGACAUCAUCACGCAGCGGGAGGACUCAGCAGGAGCCAUGGAGGAUGAGGCGCAAGAGACUGCUGAGGGUGAGCAGGAGACCACAGAAGCCCGACCCCGGAGGCGGAAGUCAGCCAGGGUGGCUGAGGCAGUAACCAGAGUGGAGCCAGAGGAGAAGCUGAGAGGAAGGAGGCAAAAAGACUUUAAUAUAUCAGAACAAAAUGAUUCCAGUGAUGAAGAGAAACAGAAAAAAGAAAGAACUCGUGCUGCAGAAGAGGCAUGGACUCAGAGUCAGCAGAAACUUCUGGAAUUGGCAUUACAGCAAUACCCAAAAGGAGCCUCUGACCGCUGGGACAAAAUAGCCAAAUGUGUCCCAUCUAAGAGUAAGGAAGACUGCAUUGCUAGAUACAAGCUGCUGGUUGAACUGGUCCAAAAGAAAAAGCAAGCUAAGAGCUGAAUCUGCUGGAAGGUGACGGUGACUGUCACUUUCCCAAAGGGCACGCUAGAAAGCUCAUGCAGGAACCUGCAUUUUGUACCUCAGGACUUCUAAACGCCAUGUGCCUUAGGAAAAAAAGAAUCAAUUAUAGAUGCUAUAAGGUGCUGUCUCCAGGCUUUCCUUGUGUUUCCAGGGGAGGGUGUGAUGUCAAAAACAUGAGGACUUCUGUUAGCCAGCCAAAGAGGGAAAAACAGGUGUCCUCCGACCUCUGCAUUCAUACUGUGGUACAUCACACACAUCCGCAGCCCUCCCCCCGCGCACACACACACACACACACUAUACAUGUAUCUUAAAAUUUUUUAAAUAAUUUCUUGCUUUUGUUUGAAACUCGGAAAGGUUUUGGGGUUUGUUUUUUGGUUUUGUUCUGUUUUGGUGUGAGUGUUCUGCCUUCGUAUAUGUCUGUGUACCAGGAGAGGACAUGGGACCCCCUAGACCUCUUGUUAUGUAUGGCUGUAAAGUUACCAUGUAUGUAGAUGUGCAGAUAACAGUUUGGCACAGUCUAGCCCCUUGUUUGAAACUUUAGAAGGAAACAUCAAACUGCUGCCACGCAGGAGAUGCACCCCACUGGCUGCAGUGUGCUGUGUGUGCUCAUGCCCAGUUCUACACAAUGACACCUGAGCACCCAGGAUGUUACUGUUAGCCAGGAAGGCCUCUCAGGCUGAUGAGCUGCUGCCAGAACUCAAUGUCUACCCCUUCGCCUAAGGUCUCAAAGACAAACCAACAACUCCAAAGUUCAUAUAGGGUAACCAGUUUAGAUAGGGUUACUUACAGUGGAUGAGGGCUUAUGGGUAGGAGCAGAAGUACCCUUAAAGCAGCCAUAUUGGAAGGUCUGCACCCAGCAGGGAUCGAGUCUCCCCAAGGCUGCACUGAGGGAGCCAGCCCCCCUAAUCCUUCCCUACCUACUCUAACACUUUCCAGAGACCCACAAAGCUCAUGCCAUUAGAACAGAAUUGCAUACAGCUGGAGGGUGGGGGUGCCUGGACACUCACAUAGCACCUCCAUGACUCCCUCCUUUCCAAGAUGAGUCUAAGUCUGGCAAGCAGGCCUGAAAGUGGUGGCAGUUUGACCUGUUAUCAUGGGCAAAAGCCACACAUGAAGUCCCUAGGAAAGCCAAUGGUCGACAUCCUCUCAUUGAAGACACAGACAGCUCCCAUAACUGGCACAGUCCUGGCAAAGAUGCACUCUGGCCUCGGCCUCCAACUCCCAGCUCAGGGCUGUUUCUGCCUUCAGCCACCGUGCGUGUUGUUAAAGAGUGGUCCUGUUCUGUAAGUGCGUGUGCACUGUUGUGAGGGACUGUCAGACGAGGACUCCCACUUACUACUGGGCACUUCUUUUUCAGCUGGUUCUCCAUUUCCUGGACCACAUCAAACUGUUCACAUCACUGUACACCCAAGUACUGCACCCAUAGCAUUUUCUCAGACUGACUACCUCUAAUCCUGAAAAUAAGUAUGAGUCCUCUUUUGAUCACAUUCUUUUAUGGGAAUAGAAGUAAAUACCCCACAUUCUGGGUUGGGACUGUAUCAACUGGUAGAGUACUUCCCCGAAUUCAUGAAGCCCUGAGAGUCUUUCCCAAGCACCCUAUACUUGGGUGUGGUGCUGCAUGACUGUCCUCCCAGAACUCAAACCGUAGGAGGAUCAGGUUGUCUUUGGCUACAGAGUGAGUUCCAGGCCAGCCAUGCUGUGUGGUAGUCUCAGUGAGAUGUCUCCGGUAAGUCUCUAGCAUUUGAAUACUUACGUGUCUUUGUUCCAAAAGCCAUUUCAAAGUCAGCUUUGUUUCCUGCUUGUGGCUCCAGUAGGCCACUAGUCCCACGACCUGCUACUGCCACCUCCAUCCAGCUACCAUGGACUCAUACUCUGGAACCACAGGCCCCAGAUAAACCCUUUCUUUUAUAAGUGGCUUUGGUCAUAGCCUUUAAUACAGAAGUGCGGGAGAGCGAACAAGCUGGUGUGUUCAGACUUGCCACUGGUUGGUACUGAGCAGGGCCACUGGGGGUCAGUAUCCCUAAGAAACCCAAGCUUGCUUUUCUACACCAGAACAUGUCCACUUUCUCCCCUGAAUUCUUCACAUCAGCCCAGUCCCCAGUCCUACCGUGGCUCCUAUUUCUUUGCUACCUCUUGUCCCUCUGUACUGUUGCAUCUUCUUCGUUCUGUUCUGUGAUCAUGCUGUGUGGUACUGGUGCAGUGAGCUAAGCAAUACACAACCUGGUGACACCAGGAUGACUAGAUCUCCUGGUCCUUCCCCAACAGCCAAGAACUAUGGGCCAAGUAUUUAAAUGCUAGAUACUUAUGGGAGACAUCUGACUGAGACCACCAUGGCUGGUCUGGAACUCACUCUAGCUAAAGACGACCUGAUCCUCCUAUGGUUUUAGUUCUGGGAGGACAGCCAUGCAGCACCACACCCAGAUUUUCACCCGUCCUGGAGCCUGGGAAGGAUAAGGGCAGAUGCGGGGCCCUGAAGAACAGGAUAGCUGGUUUGCUGUAGUGGGGAGGGUCUCAACCCCAACAGAUCUCAGGUUCCACACUGGCUCCAUCCAGGGAAAACCACCCCAGACAGCACUACAAAAGCCGUGCACAGCUAUUACCUGCCUAAUGCUUAUGUAAUGCUCACGUGGCCUUACGUGACUAAACCAUUGCCUCCCUAAUGUGUGAAGCAGGGAAAACAGAGCCUGGCUAUGUCAAGCACAGUGGCAGCAACCAAGGAAGUAAAAGCAGUCCAUGCUUGCCGGGAGUAACCAUGUUUCACCAAGUAGUUCUGAGGAAAUUAGAAGAGUCAGGUUGUGGGGCAGAGCCCAGAAAACCUCUUGCAGGCCACCUCAUGCUAUUCCAAGUUUGCAGCACAAAGAAGGCCGGUGAGAAAUAACUGGAUAGCAAAUGUCCUGGGUCCCUAGAUCUAGAAAACGGCAUGUCUGUCUGUUGGCCUCUGCCUCUCUUCCCUCACUGCUGUCCCCAUCAGCCAGCCCUGGGGCCCACUCUUUGCCUCUUGCCCUGUGCAGCUGCUGACAGCAGUUUAGCUGCACACAUAUUCAAAGCUCUUCCUGCUCUCCCACCAGACUCAAUGCUAUACAGGUCCACCACCCUCCGCUCCCCCCAUCAUCCCCUUGCAUUGCCAGACAGGUUGUUGACAUGGUGGAACAAUAUAAAAUUCAGCUCCUAAAAUCUAAACUCUUUCAUAUGUGCCACUUUAAUAAAGUAAUAAAAGUAGGUCAAAAAU